CCCAUUUGUUUCAGAACUGGAAUGGCCACCUCCUGGAGUCAGCAAUAUGUUCAGCUACUGGCCAAACUGCAUAGCAAAGAUGAAUCAUUCACUCAUUUAGUAAAUAAAUGUGCCAAUGACUGCUAUAGGUCCUGGAAGGUGAGUAAGAUGGACCUUCUACCUUAGGGAGCUGGUAACUUAGUGACAAGAAAGUCAGGGAAACUAGUUCUCAAAGACAUCCUACCUUUAUCAAGGAACUGAAGACUUUAUUGUGAGGGAUGUCUGGGCCCUGGAGUCAUGCAGACCUGGGACUGAAUUAUUGUUUCUGUCGUUUUCUAGCUUUGUGGCCUGGCAGGUUUCUUCACUUGUAAAGUGGUGAGUAACAGGACCAACCUCAACUGUUCUGAGGAUAAGAGAAGGCAUGAUUGGAAAACGCUCUGCAUGGUGUCCAGUUCACAAUAAAGCCACAGACCCAAGCAUGUCAGAACAGGAUUGGUCAGCUAUCCAGAAUUUCUGUGACCAGGUGAACACUGAUCCCAAUGGCCCAACCCAUGCGCCCUGGCUGCUGGCCCACAAGAUCCAAUCUCCACAAGAGAAAGAAGCUCUUUAUGCCUUAACGGUGCUGGAGAUGUGUGUGAACCACUGCGGAGAGAAGUUCCAUAGUGAGGUGGCCAAGUUCCGCUUCCUGAAUGAGCUGAUCAAAGUGCUAUCCCCAAAGUACCUAGGGUCCUGGACCACAGAAAAAGUUAAAGGAAGAAUCAUUGAAAUACUCUUUAGUUGGACAGUCUGGUUUCCAGAAGACAUUAAGAUCCGAGAUGCCUAUCAGAUGCUGAAGAAACAAGGAAUCAUAAAGCAAGACCCAAAGCUCCCAGUGGAUAAAAUCUUGCCCCCACCUUCUCCCUGGCCCAGGAGCUCCAUCUUUGAUGCCGAUGAAGAAAAGUCAAAGCUUCUGACAAGGCUUCUGAGGAGCAGCCACCCUGAGGAUCUGCAGGCUGCAAACCGACUGAUCAAGAGUUUGGUCAAGGAGGAGCAGGAGAAAUCAGAGAAGGUGUCCAAGAGAGUCAGUGCCGUGGAGGAAGUGCGGAGCCACGUGAAGGUGCUGCAGGAAAUGCUGAGCAGGUACCGCAGGCCAGGGCAGGCCCCACCAGACCAGGAGGCCCUGCAGGUUGUGUAUGAGAGGUGUGAGAAGCUGCGGCCCACCCUGUUCCGGCUGGCGAGUGACACCAUUGACGAUGACGACGCUCUAGCGGAGAUUCUUCAGGCAAAUGACCUCCUCACCCAGGGAGUUCUGCUGUACAAGCAGGUGAUGGAGGGCCGUGUCAUCUUUGGGAAUACAGUGACCAGCACAGUCGGAGAAAUACCUGUCUCCAGAGUCUUUCAGAAUCCAACAGGCUGCAUGAGAAACUGCCUGAUUGACUUGGAGGUGGACAGUGGAUCUGAGCAGGCUGGGACUGGGGCACCAUCUCUCCUUCAUCAGGACCUGGCCGCCUUGGGAAUCAGUGAUGCUCCAGUUACCAGCAAGGUUGCAGGGCAGAGUUGCUGUAAGGAAAAGAGGACUCCUGCCAGCACAUUACCCAGCGGUGGGCAGAGCGCAUCAACAGAAAACUUGCUGGACCUCCUGUCCCCGCAGCCGCCUCCAGGCCCUCUGAAUUAUAUUCCACAGAAAAGUAUCCCCAAGGAAGUGCCACCAGGUACUAAGUCAUCUCCAGGGUGGUCCUGGGAGGCUGGCCCAUUGGCUUCAUCUCCAUCUUCCCAGAAUACACCUCUGGCUCGAAUAUUUGUCCCUUUGGAGUCUGUUAAGCCCAGCAGCCUGCCUCCGAUCAUUGUGUACGACCGGAAUGGGUUCCGAAUUCUUCUCCACUUUUCCCAGACGGGGGCCCCUGGACACCCCGAGGUGCAGGUGCUCCUGCUGACCAUGAUGAGCACUGCCACCCAGCCUGUCUGGGACAUCAUGUUUCAAGUGGCCGUGCCAAAGUCAAUGAGAGUGAAACUGCAGCCGGCAUCCAGCUCCCAGCUCCCAGCCUUUAGUCCUUUGAUGCCUCCAGCUGUGAUCUCUCAGAUGCUGCUGCUCGACAAUCCACACAAAGAGCCAAUCCGGUUACGGUAUAAGCUGACAUUCAACCAGGGCGGCCAGCCUUUCAGCGAAGUAGGAGAAGUGAAAGACUUUCCAGACCUGCCAGUCUUGGGUGCAGCCUAACUUUUCACAUGGCACACCCUGCCGUUCAAGUGUGGGCAGUGUUAUGUGACCGAGUGCAGAGUGCCAAGAGCUCUGUCCUGAUUCAGGCUCCGAUGCCAGCCCCUGGCUUGUUCUGUAGAUUAUGUGUGUAUACUGUGCGGGUUCAUGGGAGGGUGGAGCAGAACUUGGAUGUGGGCAGUAUGAGAAGUGCAGAAACAUUUCUGAUAACCCCUGUGAUGAGCAUAUCUGUUUCCAUAUGUUUGGAUGCUGGACGCCCUGCCUCAGGUUGGAUGUUUUAUAAGCCAAAGCUGUUGUUUUCAUGUAUUACCUUUUCACUCAUCCACUCUGUGCCUUGUCAGCCUUUGAAAGUCUUGGUUACUCCCAGGCUGCUGUUCUCAGGGACCUUAAAAGUGACCUGAUUGGUCUUGCGGCAGAGCAUGUCUUCUGGGGCUCUCUCCUUCAAGAAGGACCUUGUCUCCAUUUCCAUUAGAGAAUGCUGCUUGCACAUGUUCAGAAGAUCUAAACGGAAUGCGUGUUGCACUGUUUUCCAGCCAAGGGGCUGCCACUAGACCAGAGGACCACACUUGGUGGGCCAAUCAUGUCCUUCACCACUGUGCCUUGGAAUCACCCAUAGAUGGACAGAGCCUCCAGGGCAGGGGGAAAGCAGACCCCAGGCCUUAUUCUGGCCUUAGGUUCCAUGGGUUGUGUAUCCUGUCUGGGCCCUUCCUCAGGAUCCUCAUCUCUUUCCUCUUCCUCGACAGGCAUUUACUCAGAGCCCUUUUUGACACAGGGCCAGUCAUUGUAAAUCACAGCUCACGGGCUUUCCCUGGCUGUUGCUUUAACAGCCCAAGAUGAAGAGCUGUGAUACAAAUAGAUAGGAAGAGCUUAACAGUGACUUAAGUGGUGACUAAACACAGAAAGUCAUUGAAUAAAUGCCGUGUAGCAAAUAUCCUUGGUGGAGUUUUGAGUAGGAGGUGCAAAGCCCUUGCAUUUAGAGAUGAUAGGCCUAAAGGGAACUCAUCUUGAGGAAGUGAGGAAGACUUCACGAAGGAUGUGGAACCUAAUGGCCUCAGUGAAGGGACAAGCCCUGAGGGUCUGAACGGCGCUGGAAAAGGGACAUGGAUUUUUGUUACAUUCAUGGUUCAAAGGAAAAUCCAGGUGUACAAUCAAUACUUAGCACCUACUCUGUGCCAGGCACUUUGUGCUUUAUUUACAAGGCCUAGUUGGUGGGUGAAGAAAGGUGACCCUGGCAGUGAAGUCCCAGCAGCUCACCUGUCUGGACAGGAUUCUACCUCAGAAAAUGCAAGGCUCUGUUUGGGGCUUUUUAUCACAAAAGGUUGUACUCUACAGCCUGAUCUUUCAAUGUCCACAUCGAGUUGGAAAUCUGCCAAUACCAAUUGGAGAAGGUGCUAUAAAAGAUCAAGGCAUGCUAAUUUUUAAGCAAAUGUGAAAAUUCAAAACAAAUGAUGAGGUGACUUCUUCAUUUGGCAUAAUGCACAUAAAAUUCAUUUUAAAGUUACUUUUAUGUUCACAUGCUCAGUAUAGCUUUUAUAGGCUCUAUUUCAUAAUCUAAUGACAGUGUCAUUAGGAAGAACUUCCAUCAAAAUGUGUAAACGAGACUUCCACAUAAAGAUGUAUCCCAGCGUUCAGAGGUACACUCGCAUGUGUGUCUGAACCUUCUCUGUCUUCUGGCAGUGGUUCUUAAUGCCUGAAAAGCCUAUGCUCUGCUUGGGUGGAGCUGGAUAGGAUAAGGGGGCUGGGAGUGGGGGUUCUGAAUGUGGCCCUGGUUUAUGUUAUCAGUGCCUUCAGUUACAAGUUCAGAGACCACUUAAGGCUCAGCCUUGAUCCUCUUAAGUGUUUGAUCAGCUACUACGAUGCAGGCAGUGCCAGAGUCCCUGCCCUCCUGCAUCUUCUGUUCUAGUGGGGAGAGAAAACCUUAUUACCUGGUGGAGGUGAUCAGUAUUUUCCCUGUCCUGAACUCCUCUUCCAGGAUCCUGCUCGCCCCUAGUUCUUGACCUACCGCUGACUGUUCCUUUUCCUCUGUCCCCUGAGUGUGGUUUCCCCAGGAUUUAGUCCUUAGGACUUGUCUAAGCACAUGUGGGCAGUUCACCUCUGGAUGGGUCCUAGACUUCCACCUUUGUGCUGACUUCAGAUCCAUGUUUCAAGCUGGCAGUGGGAUCUCUAUCUGGAGGUUCUUCUGUUGCCUCAAACUCCAAAUAUUUUGAAUGGGACCCAGCCGCCUCCCCAUUUACACUUAUUUUUUAUUUGAAAGCAUGUAUCUAAGCCUUCAAGGACCCUUCAUUCCUGCUUCAUACACUCCACUCAACAGUCUUGUCUCUAGUCUUUAUUUCUAAAUACCACUACAUCUUGCUCUCCCCUGCAUUCAGGUUAGUCGCCUGCCUCUCAGUUCUCUGAGCCAUGAUACUUGCCACCACCAGAAUUCUCUAACAAAUCUGGGUACUUGACCCCCUGCUGGAAAAUCCUGAGUGGUUCUUAAUGCCUGAAAAACUUAUGCAGUGAAAUUCAAGUUGCUUACACUAGCAUUCAGUGCCCCCUUGUCACUGUGCCCCCGACCCACUGGCAUCACCUGCCAAAAAUAGAGCACUUUUCACAGCCACAAGAUUGUCAUGUUUUGAUGUUUUCCCCUGUCCCUUUGGCCACAGUUGCGGUUAACUCCUCCCCUUAUCUCUUCAGUGAAUAAAAUACUGCUUUAUCUGUG